CUCCGGAGUUUCCAUCUUGAGAGAAGCGAUAGAGCGCCGCAACAGAGUAACAGAAGCGGCAGAGGGAUUGUUGGCCACGCAAGGGAUUCUUGUUUGAUCAGGGCGCGUGAGCGAGCUAGGGUAUAGCGAUUCGUGCCGCCGUCAUCGAUUUCUUGGUUCCGGAGCAGCACAGUUGCAUCGGAUUCGCCUUUUCUUGCUUGGCCUGAUCAAGCGCUUCCUUUUCCUCUUAUCUUUCUUGGAUUCCUGGAUCUCCGUGAGCUCAGGAGCACGGAUUUCCUUGGAUUCUACUGCGUUCCUGGCUGGCAUGCGCGAUAUUUUGGCUCUGUAGUGAAAUUCUAGCGGUUCUGUGGGAGAUUUUGUGGAGCAUCGGUCGAUCGAGAGCUAUGGCCGCUGCUGAUUCGUCGUCUCGGCCUGUGCUCCGGCGAACGCAGCCAAAGGUGUUGCCAAAGACUCCUCCGGCGGCCCCCAAGCCGCUCAAGAGUGCUCCAUCAAUUGCCAAGAAACCAUCCCCUCCUCCGGUGCCAGCGGCCGAGAAGAUCAGCACUCCAAAGCUCCGUAGCGUCCAGAUUCCAGUGCCGGGUCCAGCGGUUCUCAAGCCCGUGGCCGCGGAUUUGAGCCCGGCGUCUGUUCUUCACGAUCAGCCUAGCAUUGUCGACGAGGAGGACGAUUCUUCCAGCAUUGCCAGUAGCAGCUGCCACAGCAGCCCGUGCUUCAAGAAAGAUCCCUCUUCCUCGCUUCUAAAGGGUGGGAAGAGCGUGGCAAAGAAGGCGCCGCCGAGAAAAAUUCCAGAGGCUCCCUCCACUCCCGUGAUAGCGAAGAGGACGACGACCACGAUGUUUCCUUCUCCUCAAGAAGUUCUCGCCCAGAGGAAGCUCAAGAUUUCUCACUACGGCCGCAAGCAAGGCUCGCCCAAGGCUGUGAAAGUCGUUCUUCCGGAGGAAUCGCUCAACUCUCCUGCCACCCAGAAGCGAUGCGCUUGGAUUUCGCCUCAAUGUGAUCCCGCGUACAUCGCCUAUCAUGACGAAGAAUGGGGAGUUCCUGUGCACGAUGACAACUUGCUUUUCGAGCUCCUGGUGCUAGCCGGUGCGCAGUCGGAGAUGGGGUGGUCCUUAAUUCUCAGCAAGCGAGAUUGUUACAGGCGUGCCUUCCAAGGCUUCGAUCCAGCAGCAGUGGCAGCCUUUGACAAGAAGAAAGUUGCUGCGUUGAAGAGCGACGUGGACAUAUAUCAGCAGGAGGGAAAGCUCCAGGCAGUAAUUGAGAAUGCGGGACGUGUUCUACAGAUUGUCCAAGAAUGUGGAUCACUAAGCAAUUACUUGUGGGGCUUCUUGAAUCACAAGCCCGUGACGCCCAACUUCCGGAUGCCGGCCCAGGUCCCCAUCAAAACGUCCAAGUCGGAGUUCAUCAGCAGGGACCUUGUCCGGAGAGGCUUCUCGUGCGUCGGGCCGACCACCGUCUACUCGCUCAUGCAAGCCGCGGGGAUGACCAACGAUCACACCACGCAGUGCUUCAGGCACAAGGAGUGCGCUGCCGCUGCCGAGGCGACGACGAUCAAGACUGGAGCUCCAUCGCCGAGCUUCGCAAUCGCUAGCGCUGACAACCGAGAUAACCUGACGAGCAGCAGGAACAGCAGCGUUUUUGUUCACUGAUUUCCAGGGACGGAGUGGGGGCGAUGAUCGAUCAAAAGGCAAGCAAAAAUCGCCCAUCGCCACAGCAAGAAGAGAAAGCUUUCGUCUCUCUCUCUCUUUUCUUUCCUCCCAUUUACUUAUUUUGUUGUACACUACAGAGCUUUUGUAUUAUACGUGUUGUGUUUGCUCUAAAAGUCAAAGAAGUCAACUUAUAAAA